CCUUGACAUGCAAAACAUCUAACAGCUCCGUCCUCAAUAUUUAAACGCCGUUGAGUGUCAGUAGCUACAUUUACAAACAAAUAGUGGCUUAAAGAGGCCCCAAUCAAUGUAAGUUGAUAUUUAACAGUUUGCUGAGCAAAUGCCAAUCUUUUACUCCCAGGAAAUCUGCCAUCCACAGUCACUUAGUCGCUCCUUUUUUGGACUAGGCAGCAAGUUUUUUCUAAUUUAAAUAUAAGGCAAAUUUCCAGAUGAUCUGAGUUCCUUUAAAAGAGGGCGGCUUAAGUGGAGUGAAAGUGUUUGAGUCCUGCAAAGAAUACACCAAAGAAACUGAAUUAAAAGCUGCAUUGCAAGAACAUGGACCUUCGUCUGACACUCCUGUUGAUCAGUCUCUGCAGCCAAGGAGUUACUAAUGGUGAGGUCGCAGACAAUGAGUCAAUUCCUCUGGUUCCUCUCAUACCUUUGUUGCCCAGUCAUCCUAUACAGCAAGUAGAAAAUGAAACCACAGCACAGGCAGAACCUGCAAACACCACAGAAGACCUUACUAGCUCGCUCAGUGGGGGCUCAUCAGCAGAGGAAGGAGAUGAGGGUUGUCCGUCCAUCAGCCAAAGAUCGCAGUCAUGGGAGGCCAUCGCUGCUGCCAUUCAGAAAUUAGGAGUGCAGCUGCUGCAGAACCUGGAGACAACGCCAGGGCAGCCAAACAUCAUCAUAUCUCCUUUUAGCAUAUCAUUAGCACUCUCCCAGCUGGCUUUAGGCUCAGUAAAUGAGACACACAAGCUGCUGAUGCAUCACCUCCAUGAAAACAGCCUCCCCUGCUACCACGAGUCUCUGCAUAAUGUUUUAAUAUAUCUCAGGAAUGACCUGCAAAUAGCCACCCGUAUCUUUCUACGCCAAGGGUUUGAGCCGAAACAAGAGUUUGUCAAUGAAUCCCGGCGGUUAUAUGACUCAGAGCCAGCAGUCUUGGAAAGUCUGGAGCAGAUAAACAAUUGGGUAGAGAAGGCGACAAAUGGGAUGAUGACUGACUUCCUUCCUGCUUUACCACCCAAUCUGCUUGUCAUGCUCAUUAAUGCUGUCCAUUUCAAAGGGGAGUGGAAAGCUCGAUUUGAUCCACGCUUUACCUCCAGAGGGGUUUUCUACCUUGACGACAAGAGCAUGAUUGAUGUUGAAGUGAUGGAGGAUGCCAAACAUCCUUUGAGUUUAUUCACUGAUAAUGAACUGGAUGCUCAGGUAGCAAGCUUCCCAUUCCAGAAGUCCAUGAGCCUCCUGGUGGUCAUGCCAAUGUCCGGCCAGGUGAACAUGUCUUCUCUCACAGCAAAGCUGAAUGUCUCUGACCUGUAUGAGCGUCUGCCAAAACAGAGAGCCGUUCAAGUUAAAGUCCCCAAAUUCAAACUUGAGUAUGCUCAAGAGCUACAGGAUGUUUUUACCAAAUUAGGCCUUGGUGAGGUGUUUACCAAUCCCAACUUGGCUGACAUGGCAGACGGCCCUCUGCUGGUAUCCAGUGUGAUGCAUAAAUCCAGCAUGGAGAUUAACGAGGAGGGUGCAGAGGCCGCUGCAACCACCGCGAUUGUGAUCUCAAGAGCAUCCAAUCCUGUUUUCCACCUCACACAACCUUUCUUCUUUGCACUAAUGGAUGAAAAGACUCAUGUACCGAUCUUCAUGGGUGUCAUAAACAACCCUAAUCCUGGAGCUCCUAUUCUGGAGAGAGGAGACCCUGGAGAUACAGAUAAAGUGGGAUUCCCAAUCGACAAGAAUCAUUACGGCACAUUUGGAGGCCGACCCAAGUAGGGACAAAUGAUGGCUCUGCUGCAUCAGAGAAAACACAAGCCAAGACCUCUAUGAUUGUACGGAUGAAAUGUACAAUAUCACUGGAACAAAAUGUGUGAAACAGAUGCUUUGUGAGUCUUUAUUUCUCUGCAGAAUAAACAGCCUGAGGAGGCCAAUAUUCCAUGUGAAAACCAAGUAUUCCUUCAUAAAUUUACAGUUUUGCUGCAUUUGAUUGCACAGCUUCGUUAGGAAACACAAAAAAAUAAAUAGAUAAAUAAAUAACAAGACAGGAAAUCAUUUUUACCCACUUUAAUUAUUUUACAGUUAAUGCAUUUCCCAUUAAAAUCAUCUGAUAGGAAAAUAAAAUGGAUCUUGAACCCCA